CCGCCGCGCGCCUCUCGCCCGCGCACCUGCCCGCCACUCCGGCCCCGCACCGCGUCUCCCGGCCGGCGCCGCCCAGCGGAGGCGGGCACGAUGCAGGCGGAGGCAGGCGGCCGGCUCUUUGCCCGCGGCCGGACCGGGGCCGGCGGCGCCGUUCGGCUCCGCAAGAGGAAGUCGGUGCUGUACAGCUCCGCCGGGGCGGGCGGCGGCGCCCGAGGCGCAGAUCUUAUUGGUGAAAACAUUUAUUUGGUCUUGUUUACCAUAACUCUGCGAGUAUUUAACUGCGCUCUAGUCCAGACAAGCUUCGUUCCAGAUGAAUACUGGCAGUCACUUGAAGUUGCACAUCAUAUGGUUUUCAAUUAUGGCCACCUGACUUGGGAGUGGGAAAAAGGCUUACGAGGUUACUCGUACCCGCUACUCUUUGCAGGCAUGUAUAAAAUUUUACAGCUGUUGGCAAAGGAUGAGGUUCAACUACUGAUUUGGGUCCCUAGACUUGUCCAAGCACUUCUUUCAGCCUUAGCAGAUGUGAAGCUUUACUCAUUCGUGAAAUACACAGAAAAUGCAGAAACAGCAAAGUGCGUGUAUUUUUGCCAGUUGUGCUCUUGGUUUACAUGGUAUUGCUGUACCAGAACUCUAACAAACACAAUGGAAACUGUUCUCACCAUCUUUGCUCUUUUCUACUAUCCAUUGGAAGGCUCAAAGACGGGAAGCAGUUGCAAAUAUUUAACUUUGGUAGCACUUGCAUUUAUUAUUCGUCCAACUGCUGUUAUACCAUGGAUACCCUUGGUGUUCUGGCAUUUUUGGCAAGAACAGAAGAAAGGAGACCUCGUCCUAUAUAACUUUGUUCCAGUAGGAGUGGUCACUCUAGGAACCUCUUUAUUAAUUGAUCGUGUGUUUUAUGGUGAGUGGGUAUUUGUUCAGUUGAACUUCUUGAAGUUUAACGUGAUACAGAAUUUGGGAGCAAUUUAUGGUUCUCAUCCCUGGCACUGGUACUUCACUCAGGGAUUCCCAGUUAUCUUGGGUGCACAUCUGCCUUUUUUCAUUCACGGCUGUCUACAGGCACCAAGCAAGCAUCAAAUCUUUCUAGUGGCAACAGUUUGGACUGUGCUGGUAUACAGCACAUUGAGCCACAAAGAAUUCAGGUUUAUAUAUCCAGUACUGCCAUUUUGCAUGGUAUUUUGUGGAUAUUCUCUUAAACAAAUGAAAACAUGGAAAAAAUCAGCAAUGGCCUUCCUGGUUUUAUCAAACUUACUUCCAGCCCUGUAUACUGGCUUAAUUCACCAGCGUGGCCCUCUUGAUGUCAUGAUUCAUGUACAACAGCUCUGUUAUAAUUCUUCAAACCAGCCAUGGGAUUCUGUCUUUGUAAUGAUGCCAUGCCACUCUACUCCUUUUUACAGCCAUGUUCACUGUCCUCUGAAAAUGAGAUUCCUUCAGUGCCCACCAGAUCUAACUGGACAUGAGAAAUACCUUGAUGAAGCAGAUGUAUUUUAUUCUAAUCCACUCAGAUGGUUGAAGGAGGAAUUUUACAAUGAUACAUUAUUACCAAAUCACCUGAUUUUCUUCAGUGUGCUUGAACAAGAAAUAUCAUCAUUUCUAAUUUUAAAUGAGUAUGAGAAAACUGCUGCUGUAUUUCACACCCAUGUGCCUGAAGGACGAAUUGGGAGUCACAUACAUGUGUACAAGAGAAAAAUGAAAUAAAGUGCAUUUGAACAUCAGUUUCUGGACUGGAACCAAAUGAAAUCAAUAUUGCAUGGUUGUAGCUUGAUGAACAACUCAAUGAGAAAAAGGUGGCUUCUGGAAAUAAAUAAGCAAAACUGGGAAGUCUGUUGACAAGCAAUUGACAAGAGUAGCUAAGGAUUAUACAGAACUCAACCUGUUCAGUAAAGUGGAGGAUGGAACUCCAGUAGCAAAAUUCUCAGGAUGUUCUGAUUUUGGGGAACAAACUUCAUAUGUCUUAGGCUAUUUGCAACAGCAGUAAUACCAGCAACUACUGUAUGCCUUGUGCAAUUUAAAGUAGUAAAACAAAGCUUAAUUUUUAUAGGUCUGUACAUCUAUGCUAGAUUGCUUGUAAAUAAAGACUUUUUUACCCACAA